AUGCAAAGAGAAAACGAGACCUCCAUGGUAGAUUUUACCCUCCUUGGACUUUUCCCAGGAACAAAGCACACUGGCUUCCUCAUCUGCACCAUUUUCCUUGUCUAUGUUGUUGCCAUGUCAGGAAAUACCAUCUUGAUCCUCCUCCUCUCUCUCUAUCCCCAGCUCCACAGCCCCAUGUACUUUCUGCUCAGCCAGCUCUCCCUCAUGGACAUCUCACUCAUCUCCAUGAUUGUUCCCAAGAUGCUGACCAACUUUUUCUCAGGGACCUCAGAUAUUUCCUACAUUGGCUGUGGGACUCAGGUAUAUUUCCAUUCUGCCCUCGGAGGUAGUGAAUGUAUUCUGGUUACUCUGAUGGCCUAUGACCGAUAUGUCACUAUUUGUAACCCCUUGAGAUAUAUAGUCAUUAUGAAUUAUGAAGUUUGCCUGCAGAUGGCCAUCAUGUCCUGGGUAGGGGGAGCACUUAAUUCCGUAGUGCAAACCACAUAUACCAUGCAUUUUCCCAGAUGUGGCUCAAGAGAAGUCCUCCAUUUCUUCUGUGAGCUACAGGCUGUCCUCAAGCUGUCAUGUGAAGACACGUCUACUUAUGAGAAAGUUGUGCUUGUGAUUGGAAUCAUUUUCCUCCUCACCCCCUUUGGCCUCAUUCUGGCAUCCUAUAUUUCUAUCUUCCUCUUUGUUCUCCACUUAAAUUCUAAGGCAAGGAAUAAAACCCUCGCCACCUGCUCUUCCCAUCUGAUGGUGGUUUUUCUCUACUUUGGUCCAACCAUGUUCAUCUGCAUGAUUCCCAGCUCUCUGCAUACCUCAGAGGAAGAUGAAGGGCUCUCUGUAUUCUAUGCCAUCCUCACCCCCAUGCUGAAUCCCCUCAUAUACAGCCUAAGGAACAAGGAGGUGGGGGAGGCUCUGAGGAAAGUAUUGAGUAAAGCCUGA